UUCUGUUUCCAUAGCAACAAUUAAGCUAUGGCUGCACCGUUGCCGGUUUCACGGCUCUUUGCGUCUCUGCAGCCGGGAGAUAUGACGACUGUGGCUGCAGACGAACUAGAAAACAAGCCGGGGAUUGUGGUUGGUCAAAAAGGCGGACGGGAAGUGCAAGUGACGGGCACGGCUGAGCUAAGCGCCGCUCCAGACAGGGCCCGGGUGUGUAUACGUGUGUCCAGCAGCAAAGGCGCAGCUGCGGAGGCCAGGAGCAGCGUCCUCAGACGGCUGGGGUACAUUGAGCAGACCCUCCGCCAGACCGGGCUCACGGAUGAAAAUAUUACUGUUUCUAAGGAAAUUGAACGGAAGGCCAACGCAUAUCAGAUGGAUGCUGAGGUCUGUGUAGUUUUUGAGGAUUUUGAAAAGCUGCAGAAUAUUUGCAACAUUCUUGUAGAAAAACUAGACAGUUCAGUCUGGAUUUCUUCACCCCAGUUUUACCACUCUCCUGAGAACAUGGAACAGUUAAGGCGGCAAGUGUGUCUCAAUGCAGUAAGUAACGCACGACGCAAGGCCCAGGAUGUUUGUCGGCUUGUAGGCCAGUCUCUUGGAAAAGCAAUCAUCAUCAAAGAAGAGGAAAUGAAAGAAUGGGAGGAUCAAGAGGACUGUGCGUCUUCUUCCAUUCAACAUAAAAUAAAGAGGGCUACAGUUUAUGCAGCAUCAAAAGUAUCUGCAACAUUUGAAAUUAAGGGAAAAGAACGAAAUAAAAAGAGCUGUUAAAUACUGUUAUAAGAUUAUAUAGUGCAUGUAUUUUUCUGAUUUCAUAUUACUGUAUUCAGAUUUUAUAUAAUAAAAUGUAUAUAUUUUCUUU